AUGUAGCUCAGGCUGGCCUCCAACAUGCAGAGAUCCGUCUUCCUCAGCUCCUGAGUACUGGGAUGACAGCUUCAGCUAAUUCGUGUAUGGAUGGAAAGCAAAUGACGGAGAACAAUUCCUCCGCCCUUACAGAAGUUAACAUUUUAGAGUCUGUACCCAUGGGCACAAGGGCUGUGCUCUGUUGCCCUCCUGUCCUACUGGCAAAAGUAAUGUUAAUGACAUGGAAAAUAACCCUCAGAGGCCAGUCUCUCUGCACAAGAGCACAUAAAAAAGAAACAAAUAAGACCAUCGACACCAACUGCACUGAUGGGAGAAUAACCUGGGCCUCCAGACCUGACCUGAGUCCUGACCUUCAGAUUAAUGAAGUGGCUGUCACUCAUGAUGGAAUUUACAUCUGUGAAACAGCAACAUUUAAUGGGAAUUUCUACAAUGUGUAUCAACUCCAAGUGCUAGUGCCCCCUGAAGCAAACAUCUUUUUCAGUGAGAAUAAAACUUUGGUAGUGUGUGAGACAGCUGCCGGCAAGCCAGCUGCGCAGAUCUCCUGGACUCCAGAGGGGCACUGUGUGACUAAGGACGAAGAGAACAGCGAUGGCACUGUGAUGGUCAGAAGUACCUGCAGCUACUCAGACAGUAAUGUAUCCACUGUGACCUGCUUGGUCUCCCAUUUGACUGGCAACAGGAGUCUCUCCCAAGGUCUGCCUUCUGGUUAG